GGGAAGAAUGUACAUGAGCUCUGUUUUUUUUUAGCUUUCUUUUGCUUGAGGACAAGCAAGAAUUUAAGUUUGGGGGUAUUUGAUGAGUUUAAUUUUUAUAUGCAUUUAUCUACCCUUUUUGAGCCUAGAAUUAAAUUUUAUCGGUUUUUUGUAACUUAGUUUCACCUUUGUUUAUAUUAAAUUCAUUAUUUGUGGGUGGAAAUUAAGAUAGGAAUUAAUUUUGUAAUAAGUGACAAUUUGCAUAUGCUGUAGUAAUUUAACCAUAUCUUUUUCUCUAGGUAUCGGAUUGAGAUGUUUCUUUAGGCGUUGGAAAGCUAAGAGGCAGAGCUACAAUUGAUGUUUUAUGAGCUUAACCCAGUUCUAGCUGUAUCAAUACAUAUUUUUGGUUGAAAGUGACGGUUUUGAAUGAACAGAAUGCAGAAAUAAAGAGAAUUGGGUUGUGUUUUAUAAGUGUGGGCCAACUGCAGUCCAGGCCCAAACUAAAGCCCAUAACUCAUGUCUGCUAGGGUUAAAAGAAAUAAGGGUUUUAAUUUCUGGAGUGAGAUAUAAGAUGCUAGUCGGCAGAACAAAAGGGGGAGAUACACAGACGCAAGAGAGUUGUUCUACGCGAGAGAAGUUGUUCUGCGCAAGGUCAAGAGCACCCAGCCGCCCAAAAUCCCAGCACCCGCCUCUGUUGUUCACCAGCAGCAGAAGAGGACAGCCGCCGCCCAGCCUUGCUUUUCUCCGCCCAGCCACACUGCCGCCCAGCCUUCUUGGGAGAUCCCGACCACAACACAUCAUUCGGCAAACUGCAAUUCUCCGUUUGGGUUUUGUUGUUUCUGAUUUCUUUUUAUUAUGAUUUUCUGUUGGGAUUUAUUUUUCAUGGUUGUUGAGAACAUAAACAUGUGUGGCUAGUUUUCUUUGAACUAGGGAUGGGUGGAUUUUAAUGUUUGAAGUAUGUGACUGUCUUUGUUAGUUUAAUUCAAGAUUUAUUGGUUAUUUGCAUUACGAGUUUAUAUUAUUGAACUUAAUGCAUUGAGAGCUUGAUCACAUUUCAAUUGAUUUAGUGAUUUAUACAUGAACUUGAGAAAGAAUUGUGUAAAUUAGACCAAUAAUAAUAUAAACCGUGUGUUAGACU